UCACGCACGCAUUCUAUGAAGGAAAUUCCACAAAGCUUCUGCAGAGAAGACACCAAGGGCUGCUGCGGAUCUAAAAAUAACCAUGUGACCAUGAUGAUGGGAGUGUCCACCAAGAUGCUCUCUAUAACACGCCAGGCUGCAGAUGCACACAGAUUGCAAACCAGAACUUUCUCGGAACUAAAAUACUUUCGCAGUGCAUUUCACAUGGCUACUUCGUCAUCAUGCACUGAAGAAGCCAAGCAGAGUAAGGUGACGAUGGAGGAAGAUCAAGUGCCAACAGAGGCGACGGAGGAGUCAGAAGUUGUCCACGAGCAAGGUUGGAUCCCGUGCGUCUUCUUCGAGGCAAAUAAAGAGAUGUAUCAUUACGUCGGGCAGAAGAUCGUCAUCCAGGAAGGUCUUGAUUCCUACGGAGGAAUGAUAUGGCCUGCGGCUUUGGCUCUCUGUCAGUAUUUGGACUCUCAUCGGGACCAGCUGAAUCUCAAGGACAAAGCCGUGCUGGAGAUCGGUGCAGGGACCGGCUUGCUGUCUAUUGUGGCCUCGCUCCUUGGGGCUUGGGUGACCGCCACCGACCUUCCGGACAUUCUCGGCAACCUGAGAUUCAACCUGAGCAAGAACACCAGGGGACGCUGCAGACACACCCCCCAGGUGGCCCCUCUGUCUUGGGGUCACGACCUGGAGCGCAAUUACCCCACGUCGGUCUAUCGCUACGACUACAUCCUGGCAGCCGAUGUGAUCUACCACCACGACUACCUGGAUGAGCUUCUGGCCACCUUGAAGCAUUUCUGCAAGCCAGGGACUAUCUUGAUCUUGGCCAACAAGCUCAGAAUAGAGUCCGACCAUACGUUUCUGGACAAAUUUAAAAGGGCUUUUCACACCAGGUCGCUGGAAGAAGAUGGAUCGUUAAUCAUCUUAAUGGCCACGUGCAGAGAAAGUGAGGAGAGAGAGGACAUCCAGGAACUAGCAUCUGGAUUACUCGGUUGAGGUUGUGUGUCAGGCAGGCACGAGCGCAAUCUGGGCCAACAAGGUCAGACUGGAGGCCGACCUCUCAUUUAGGGAAGCCUGAAGAUGGAGUGAUGAAGAUCAAGAUGCAGAGACAUGGAUAGUUAACUAGAUAAAGGAACUAAUAGUACAAGUUCAUGUCAUCUGAUCAUCUAGAAAUCAUGGGAACCUUUUUGGAGAGGGCCCAAUAAACUUUGGAUUUGUUGGUAGAAGUAUUUGCCUUGAAAAUUCUCAGUCAUAAAAGAACAGGAGAAGUU